AUGAGAAUUCUAUUAAUUUUCGCCAUCCUAGUGCUUUCUGUACACAGUAAAGAUGAAGAAUUGCCGUCGCUCAAAGAACUUAUCAAUGAUCCUGAAUUGAUGAAGAUAAUUAAGAGGCUGGGUUUAACAGAAGAUGAUUUGACUCGUCCGGAUAAAAACUCGGCUGCUGCUGAAAAGCCAGAAUCAUCAGCAUCGGAUGAAAGGGGCGAUGCAAAUUUACCAAAGAAACCAAAACCAACAUCUGCUCCCAUGACGACGAACCCAGAGCACGUUACAGACACUGUUGGCAACUCGUGUUUUUAUACAUCUCAUGAAGGAACAAUUAUUAGAUCACAAGAGUCCAUGAAGGCUGGGUCUCACUUUUUGAAAUCCGACAGAGAUACAACUCGACUCGGCUGUAUCAGAAGUUGCUGUUACACACAGGGUUGUACAUUGGCAGUAUUCGAAGAUAAGGAUAAUCACACAUGCUACCUGUUCAACUGUGGAGAGAACAACAAAUGUGUCUAUGCAAAUCAUGAAAACUAUAUGUCCAUGACACUAAAGGACUCAUCUGUGGUUCACGGGGGAAGUCUCGGACAAGACAAUGAGGGAGACCUGAAAGGACUUGGGGAAGUUGAAAAGCCACAACCAUCAGCCACACCUAAGCCUACACCAGUCCCGCAGAAAAGACCAGUGCCCCUUUUUGGAGAAUGUGACCUUGCUCAGGGAGACAAGUGUGUGGACUUCAAUUCAGAAUGUAAACAGGGGAUCUGUCAAUGUAUUGGUGGUUUUAAAGCUGAACAAGGUGUUUGCUAUUCAGUUCCAGUUCAGUCAGCAGCUGUCACUGAUCCUAGGAAUCAUUUACCAGAUCACCAGCCUCAACAGCCAGCCAACCCAGCUCUUCCACCAACUAACUUCCAAAACAAGCUUUACCAAGGUCAGGGACCACAAGGUCAUCAGGUACAAGGUCAAGGUUAUCAAGCCAAGCAGCAAGUACAAAGUAAAAUUGCACAGGGUCAACCCAUGCAAGGACAAGGUUUACAAAAUCCCAUGGGAAAGCAGCAGGUGUCUUCUGGAUUUAUUGGAUCACCUUAUCAACAGGGAAAUACUGCAGUAUUCAAUAACCUACCAAUUCAGCAGCAGACUGUGCAAAACCCUGUGUACAAUACUGCAAUACAGGCAAACACAGGCUUCCUUCCUAAACAGCAAGUUCUUCCCCAAAAUGCACCAAUUAUGAACCAACAGGGAUCAUACUGGGGGCCCCAACCAGGCAGUCUUGUUGGACCUCAGCCAGGAUCAGGAUUCUAUGAUCCCUCUGGUUAUCCGAGAAUACCAGGAGAUUUAGGUAACAGACCUUCCUACUCUGAUGACCUUGGUGGUGCACAGAGUUUGCCAGUCAGACCUAUUCAAGGGAUAGACAACCCACAGAGGGUGCUUAAUCCUCACAGGCAGUAUGUGCUACGGGAUCCAACUGGUGGGGAUAGAAAUUAUCAAAAUGAUAGGCACUACAUAGCAGAGGCAGGCCCUGAUAAUCAGUUUGGGUUGAUGGAUAGACAAAGUUCUUACAGAAACCACCCCUACAACUCAUUUUCUGAUGAACGAUAUGAUCAGUAUGGAGGGGAUGUCUUACCAGAUAAUAGGUUUAAUGAUGACCAAUACUACAAGGACCGAAAUUAUCAGCAAAAUGUUGGAAGUCAUCACAAAGUUUUCAGUAAUAAAGAAAAUAAAGAUGUACAGCAGAAGUCCACAAAGCCUACAACUACCACCACUACAACGACUACUACUGCAACUACAACCACCACCACACCCUCAACAACCACCACCACAACUGCCAAACCCACCACCACACACAAACAGACAACCACAACCACCACCACCACCCCAGCUCCACAGAAUAUCCCAAACACAGACCAACAGUUUCAACAGUGGGGUGAGCACAUGACUGGCUCCAACAGGGAUAGUGAUUAUACAGACCACCAGAUUGAUAAUCAUGACAGAGGAAACAAAAUGUUGCAAGAUAAUACAGACAUGAAGUCACCAAGUCAAAGGGGCAAGGGCAGGGUCCAGUCAAAUAUAUCUGGUAAAAAGUUUAGACCGAGUGGUCCCAUUAAUAAUGGUCCCAUACAAGGGGAGGCAACCCAAUCACGUUCUAAGAUCAAUAGUCCAGUAAUGCGACCACAACAGCCCGGCAGACCUAACCGAAUACACCCAAACCAGAGGAAGCAAUUUCGACCCAUAGGUUAUAGUCAAGAUGGCUAUCCAUACUACAACACAGACUACCGGGGACAACACUUCCAGAACUACAACUGGGACCCUCAGUAUGGUGGUGACUAUCUGACAUAUGAUACCAACAGUUACGGGGAUGAACCACCUGCCUAUGAUUACGAUAUGUUCCAUAAAGAUUUCCACAGAAAGGAAAGUCCAGAAACAGCACCACCUAUCAAUCAGGCACCAGUCCAGGAAGUUUCAAAAGAGCCAGUGCAAAUAAAGACAGAGAAAGUUACUCCAACAACCUACCCCAAAGCCACACAACAGCCUAUUAUGGAGAAAGUUGACAAAGUUGAUAAAAAGCCUUUGACACAUGACGAGUCUAAAAUAGAAAAGAUACAACCCAAAUUGGAAGAGAAUAAAACAAAGACGGAAUCAAAGACUGCUCAAAAGCCAACAGACAAGGAGGAACCAGUGACAUCAAAUAGCUCGAAAUCUUCAGGCGACAGUGUGGUAACAGAAAAAGCCACUGCAAAACCCACUAAAGAGGAACGGGUAGAAGUGCAAUUUGGGGAGGAAGAUGGACUAGUGAUUGUAGAGGCACCAACAGAUAACAACCAGGGUCCGAUUGUGGCACUGGCCCUAGGUCUAGGGGUCACCAUGAUGUUACUCAUAUAUGUUGGGUGCAGGUUAAGAAAUGUUAAAAGGAGGAUAAGGAAAGGAAGAGCUCUACAUUCCAAUGAGGCAGAUUAUUUGAUCAAUGGAAUGUAUCUUUAAUACAUUAAUGUGUAUUGAUUUUUUCCUCUUAUGAAACAUCCAAGAAAAAUGAAAGUUAAAAAAAAAAAAAUGAAAACUUUCAUAAAAAUCACGGCAAUAUUAAAACAUGCAAAUAUUUCUUCAAAUGUUGUCAAAUUGCUUAAAUUUGUAGAAUAAAGAGUUAUUACAAAUUAGAUGAUUAUGUUUUGGCCCCAGUGCAAUGUGUUCAUUGUAAAGAAAUAUUCAUAAUCUGGCAGAUACAGUUAAGUUGUGAAAAAAAAUCUUUUAUUGUUUGUUUUUAUGUUGUGGUUUUUUGCACGUAAGAAUAUUAUCAUGAUCAGAAAAUGAUUAAAGUUUUAGUUGAGGAAAAAAAUUGCAUUUGAGGAGAAAUUGUAAACUAGGAUAUAUAUUAGGGAGAUGGUGUCUACAUAAUGAGAUAUGUAAUCAAAUCAUGUUUAUUGAAAAACGUAGAAUAUAUUGAUAUUUAAGUUUUAGCAAAUCACAAAAAAAAAUCUUUUUUCGAUAAUCAUUUCUUUCUUGUAAAGUUUAUGUAAAUUGUUGCAUAAUUAUCAGGUAUAUGGUAAAAUCAUAAAGCAAGUUAAAAGGUCAUUUAUUGUGAAAUGCUUCUCAUAACAGCAACAUUGCCAAAACUGUAAAUGCCUCUGUUUACACUGUGAUAAUAAUAUGCUGUUUUACUGUAAAUAAUAUAUAUAUAUAUUUUGGUUAGGGUCUGAAUGCUACAAGAUUAUUUUACAAUACCUAGUACAGUACAAUUUAAGUCAGCAUUCCAUAUUUCCUUUUUAUCUAAAAAUCCUUAAAAACACACAACCUUGUACAUAAAUACUGUUUUGGUAUUAAGUAUGUGAAUUGUAUGAUUAUUUCUUUUUUUUAAUAAUUGUAAUCGAUUUUCUGAUUUCCAUUUACCUUACAAAUUUAGAAAUUAUGUUCUUAAAUUUUGUCCUGGUGUUUUCUGAACAAGAUAAGAAAUACUGAUAUUCUUUGUAUGUAAGUGAUAUUAAGUUUUUGCUUGUAACUUUAUUUUCAAAAUCAUAUCCUUAAAAUAAUGGAGGGGAAAGAUCUAGGAGUACAUAUAUUAUAGUACAAUUUAGUAUUUUGUAAAUCAUAAUUGUCUGUCAAAGCCUCGCAUCUUUAAGUUUUAUCUUUCAUUUACAUGUAUGUUGUAAAGAUUUUUAUUCAUACCAAGGUAACCAACUCUGUUUAAAAAAGUAGCAUUUUUAUACAGCAUGUACCAAUAAAAGUUACAAUUAAUGCAAGCAUGAAAAUGGUAAUUAAAACAUUUAUCUUUACAAAGGUACAAGCUAUGUGUGCAGUAGAUCAAGAACUCUAUGACUUGAGUUUUUUCUCAGUAAGCCUUAGAUUUAUCUAUUUUCUUCUUCAUAUGAGAAUCCAUAUAAGAUACUGUGUGUACAUGAUUUCAACACUUUUUAGAAUCCACCUAUCAUGUACAGAUGGCUAUGAUACUGCGGCCAGGUACAUUUAAUAGUUCACUAUUGUAACAUGUUGAUAGCCUCAGUGUUAUACUUAAACAUAAAUGUACUGACUAGAUUUCUUGCAAUAGAUGAUAUUUUCACAUAAUUUGACACACUUAUAUGCAAACAUUGUUUUGACUUUCCUGUUUUCGCUUUGUCUGUGAAAUCCAUGACUUAAUAAUUCUAAGUUAAUCAGAAAUCCCAUUAAUGAUCGUCCUCACGCUGACACAAAUAUUAGUAGUGUUUUUCUCUUGAAUGAUCUAACAAAGCUUCCCUGUGAUAAACGUUACCCUGAUCAUAUAGGGAUUUUAAAAAUCUCUUUCUUACAUUUGUGUGAAAUGAAACCCCGUUUUUGUCGGUAACGUAAUCUGAUGGGACAUAUUUAGGUACAGAUAUUAUGGUGUUCUAAAAUGACUUUUUUUUUUAAGAAUUCAUCUCAAUUUGUAUCUGCAAAAUCAAUUUGAAUAUUUAUGAUUGUUGAUAUUGUUUAUUAAUUUUAUAUAUAGUUUAUUGUUUAUUAUGUUGUGAUGUUGUGUGUACUUUGAAAAUUGCAGCUUUUGUAAUUUUCUUUCUGCUAGGUUGUGUUGUUCAUUAGCAUCACAAGCUUGUUAUUCAUUAGAUACUGAUAAACUGUGCUACAGUACAAGUUUGAAAAUCUAACACCUUAAUUUGAAAAGAAUGUCACCAUUGUUAGCAUAAAGAAUGUGACUGAAAUCUUUUAUGUGAUGUUGUUAUGACUAAAAUGUUAAAUUCAUCAGACAAAUGACCAAUGUGAAUAGAAUAGAGGUUUUUAAGACCCAACCAGUAGAAGAUUUGAGUGUUAUGUUUCAAUGACUACACGGUCACCUUCAUGACAAUUGAACAGUGUUUAGUGUUCUAGUGCUGACAUUUGUAGUGUACAAGAUGGUAAGGAAUCAACCAAGUUUUUCAGCUGUGCUAUAAUCUUAAGUACACUAUUAGUGAAACAAAAUGGUAAACAGUUAAUAGAAGAAAAAAAACAGUUCAAAAGGUUGUAACAUAUUUUCUGAAAUGAUCAGUGUGAAGCGUACUGGUACUGAUGUUUAUAGUUUUAGAGAUUUGGAUGAAAUCACUAGACUUUUAGGCUCUACAAUAUAAAAUGGAGAUACAAGAAUGUCUAUUCAGUACAUACUUUAAAACUUGGAGCAAAAUGUUUCACAACAUCUAGACACAAAAGUUCUCAGAAAAUCUAUGCUUCUGUACAUGGAUAUAGAGUUGUAUAAGUUUAGUGUCAUAGUUUAUAGCCCAGUUCAUGUAAAAAGUGUAAAACUCGCCAUAAUCAUAUAAUUGGUCCUUAAACUGUUUAAUGUGUAGGAUUAAAUAUGAUAUUUAUUAAGUUGAAAGAUGAAGAACCACUGGAUCUGCUUUAUUUUCCAUUUUGCUACAUUCCAAUGAAUUGGUUCAAGGUGAUGAUUUGACAUUUUUCAUUCUAUUUUUACUUAUACAAGAUGCAUUGAUAACUCAUGAAAGAGAAUAUUUCACUAAUAUCAAAUUUCAGUCGUGAUACAGCUACACAUCAUUUACAUUGUCAAGAGAUAGUGAUGGCCUGAUAUGAUUUUUACUCAUAUUUAGGCAUGGAAGCACGUCUCUGUCUUAAUACUAUGUAUAUAAUUCUUCAGCUUAAUUUGCCAGCAUGUACCAAAGGAAAGAGAUCAUUAGGAUUAUUGUUAUACAUUUUGGUACAGUAAUCUCAAAGUAUAAGGCAUACGAAGUCAACAAUUUCAGAAAACUUACACAAUUUGUAAGGUCCUAGAUCAGCUAUAAUAGAUGUUAAUGUUGUCAUAUGGUGAUAAAAUUCAGGUGGAAAUGUUAAAUUGUACUACUAAAGGAAACUAUCAACAAACAAUUUUGAAACUUCAUAUAGUAUACUGAAAAUGAGGCCUUUAGUUCAUGGGCAAUUUUAAAUUUUGAAUAAUGGCUCCUAAUUCAGGUGUUAAAUUAAAACAGGAGAGUUAUUUUUGUAAUCAAAUUGCUCUGAUCAGAAAUUUUUAAUAUUUAGAAAUAUUUGCUUAUACAUGUGCAUGUAUUUAAAUGUGUGACUGGGUCAAGAUUGAGAAGGUUCUUAUUAAGAGGUCAGAGAGUCUGGAUUCCUUAGCAAUAGUAAUGUUAAUUUGUGUAAAUGCACAUCAUCUGUCCUAUUGGAAUUUUUUGUCUCUAAUGCUGUAAAUUCAUUAAUUUUUGUGAAGGAUUUAUUUUCAUUGAUUCUGUGUGUACUCUUAAUCCACAAAUUCAUACACGUCAACAAACUGUUGAACGAAGUAUAAGUAGAUAUAUUGAGCUAUAUAUAUCUGUGAAAUCAAUUAACCACCAAAGAUUGAUUUAACAAAAAAAAAAAAAAAAAAAAUAGAAAAAAAGAUUUAGCCUCACAGAAAUAUGUUAUCUUACAGUAGUACUUAUUUGAUAUCCCAAUGACAUUUUGUACUUUUUCUAUCUGUAAUCAUGUGACAUUUUACAGUUCAGUACACCCACCAAUCUUUCUUUGUCUUAGUUGUCAGGUUCAAGUUUACAUUCUUAAUUUCUUGUGCAAUUGAAAAUAUUCAGACUUUUGUAA